AUGUCAUCAGCAGAAGAAAUUCGUCUCAAGCGUCUAGCUCGUCUAGGAGGAGGAGCUUCCAGUCCCUCUCCUGGUCCUUCCGAGUCCAGGAAGGCAGAGGGGACACCUAAGGAGGAGGUGAAGAAGGAGGUGAAGGAGGUGAAGGAAGUGAAGAAGGAUGAGCCCAAAAGCACACCUGCGAUCAAACCCAAGAUCAAGAUUGUGCCCAAGGCCGCUGCUUCUGCCGCCACAGGCACAUCGACCCCAAAAUCCGCUGCACCACGACCAGCUCCAGCUCCCUCGGCUUCGCUGACCGUGCCGUUCCAGCAGUACGAGCAGGACGCAAUUGAAAGCAUUCUGCGAAUCACAGUGCGAGACAAGCAGCGAUGCACGCAACUUGCAUCGGUCAAGGAGGAACUGGAGUCGGAAAACAAGCCCGUGGCGCUCUCCAGAGACAAUCUCGAAGAUGCGCUCUUCAGCCACCUCACAGGAUCCAAGGCAGUCUUCAACUAUCUCAUGGAGAGCUUUCUGCGGGCCAAGAAAGACUUGGCAGUGCUCAACAAGGCUGGCACGGACGCUGUCGAUGUAGAGCCCAAGAAAGAGCUGGUCAGAAAUAUUAUGGAAAUGACCACCCGAUAUGGACUGCUGUUUGUGUCUGUUCCAGACAUGUACGAGCAGGCCCAAGGCAUUAUGGAGGUGCUGAAACUGUCACAGAACGGCUCAUUGUCGUGGGAGUUCGUGGACGAGAUCUUCUCACGUGCCCAGACCGACGGAGACAUGGGCUCUGUUGCGGGCAAGAUUCUGCAGGACGUCAACGGGCUGAUUCUCAGCGCCAAUCAGGACGCCUCCCAGUCGGCCACCGCUGCUCUCUACUUUGUGUCGCACCUGUUCAGCAACAAGCUGUUUGCUUCUGCUGUGCCCGAAAUUGAAGGCUUUGUCGAAAGUGGCACCAACGACGAAAAACCCGCAGACAUUGAGAAGAACCCCCAUGGUCUCGGCCCCGUUUUUGCCAUUUCUCCUUUGCAUGGUUCUACCGCUCUCACCUUCUUCCCCAUCGGUACUCCUGAGCAAAUGAUGGAUCCCCGUGGCAACGCCGCCAACGGAGUGCGAGCCGAGUCGCGAAUCGUGCAGGACCAGCUGUUCCAGAUUGUCGACAAGAUUGUGCGGGCGUCUCCACAGGCACGAGACUGUAUUCUGCAGUACUUUGGCCGCGUGCUCAAGUGCAACCACAGAAGACGAGCCACUCGACUGCAAGAAGGCACCACAUCUUCUGACGGCUUUCUGCUCAACAUAUUUUUUGUGUUGCUCAAACUGGCAGACCCGUUUGUCGAUAACGCCUGUUCCAAGAUUGACAAGAUUGACAUUGACUACUACAGCCGAACCAAAAACGCGGUAAUUGACAUUUCCGAGGAGACCAAGAUCCACGCCGACUCCACCGAGGCCGCAGAGUACUACGGAGACGAAAAGAAUGCCGAUAAGAAAGACCUGGCUCCUAACUUCAUUUCCCAUGUGUUUUUCCUCACCGCCGGAUACCUAUACUACGGUUUUGGAGGUGCCCAGCAGCAGGUGACACGUCUCAAGGAGCACCAUGACCAGGUUAGAGACUACCUUGACAACUCGCGGAUCCAGUAUGCCAAUGUUCCCGAGGCUCAACGGGGAGCAGUGAACAUGCAGCUACAGAAGGUGGAGAAGAUGGUGGGUUCUUUGGCGGCCCAGCGAGCAGCCAUUCUGGCCGUCAUCUCCGAGCAGGACGUGUGUGUCCAGGUGCUGCAGUUUGCUAUUUUCCAAAUGCAUUAUCUCAUCCGAGUUCUGGACCCCUCUCACACUUAUCCCCUGGGUGGCGAAGUUACUCUGCCCCUGUACACUGGAGAGAACACGGGACCUAUUGCUUACCUCCCCGAGUACCUAAUCGAGGGUCCUGUUGGCAUUGUAAACGUCAUGUGUCGUCACAACACCAUUCUGGCCAUGUUGUCUCCCUUGGUGGACGUUUCUGCUCUCGUCACCUUUGGAGUGGUCUUUCUGCGACACUCGGACGUGAUCAAGAACCCACAUCAGAAGAGCAAGAUUGUAGAGAUGUUGUUUUGCGGCACCCAGCCCAUCUACAACCAGAAUGAUGGCUUCUUGGUGUCUACAUUCAACUCGCAGAAACUGGCACUGGAGUCGCUUAUGCAUUCGCUCAUGAACAUCUAUAUCGAGUUUGAGCAGACUGGAGCACAUACUCAGUUCUACGACAAGUUUAACAUUCGGUACUAUGUGUCGCAGAUCAUCGAGUCUAUCUGGAACAAUGUCAACUAUCAGAAGCGGCUGGAAAAGGAAUCCCAUGACAACAUUGACUUCUUUGUGCGGUUUGUGGCGCUGCUGCUCAACGAUGUCACCUAUCUCAUGGAUGAGUCGGUCAGCAGUCUCACGGAGAUUCGGCAGAUUGAGGCGGAACUGGCUGCCAUGACCGAGGAAGAGAAGAACUCCACUCACGCCCAGGAGCUGCAGAAGAAGUUCAAGACAGCCGAGCGCAACAUCAAGGGGUGGAUGCCUCUCACCAACAAGAACAUGAAGCUUCUUGAUUUGUUCACCCAGGCUGUCCCCAAGUCGUUUGUAUCGCCCGAAAUCGUCGACCGACUAGCUGCCAUGAUGAACCACAACCUCAAGGCGCUGGUUGGCCCUCGAUGUCGUGAUCUCAAGGUCAAAAACAUGCUAAAGUACGGCUUCGACCCCAAGGAUCUGCUGGUCAAGCUUUCCAAGGCUUACUACAACCUGCACAAGCAGGACGCGUUUAUCCAGGCUGUGGCUCGAGACGGCCGAUCGUUUGACCCGGCAAACUUCACACGUGCUAUUGAGCUCAUCUCGCGUUUCAACCUUAUGCCUAGAGAGUACCUGGAUCAGAUUGUGGCACUUCGAGACAAAGCCUCGGAGGUGGCUGCUCAGGACGAGGAGGACGAGCAGGACCUGGGAGAUAUCCCCGACGAGUACCUGGAUCCUCUCAUGUACACACUGAUGACCAACCCUGUGAUCCUGCCGUCGUCCAAGAUCAAUAUUGACCUGGCUACCAUCAAGUCGCAUCUUCUGUCCGAUCCCAAGGACCCCUUCAACCGAGCGCCUCUCAAGCUGGAGGACGUACUGCCCAACGACGAGCUGAAGUUGGAGAUUGAAACCUGGGUCGAGGAGAAGCGAAGUGCAGCCAAGACCAAGGAUGCCGAUGGGGAUGUUGAUAUGAGCUGA